AUGUCUUAUGACCGCCUCGACUCACUGGAGGCCCAGCCUACCACUAUGCGCAGGGAUGAAGACCCGCAUUACCGCGACGAUCCGGACUUUGACCGUCUGGCCGUACAGCUUUCAGACCAGUUGUUUGAAUUGACUGCGAACAUCACCCGUCUAUCCAACCAAAUUGGCCUUCUUGGCACCAAGCGAGAUACCGAGCGUGUGCGCGAGCGAGUCCAUAAUUACCUUGAAGAGACUCGGACAGGGUUUCGGGAUGUAGGCGAAGGAAUCAAGCAACUCCAGACCUGGGAGGACGUCAACCCCUCUCAGAAAUGGACUCAGCAGAAAAUCUCGAACGAGUUCAGAAACACCUUGGACGAGUUCCAAACAAUUCAGCGCCGCGCGCUUGAGAAGCAACGUGCCUCGGCAGUCGCCGCACGUACAGCAAUUGAAGACGGCGAACAACCAACUUCAGACAAUGAUCUCCUACUGCAAGAGCAACAGCUAGAAGAGCAGCAUCGCAUGGCCAACCAAGGCGAAGUAGACUUCCAAGAGUCGUUGAUUAUUGAGCGCGAGACGGAGAUCCGAAACAUCGAGCAAAGCGUCGGGGAGUUGAACGAGCUCUUCCGAGAUGUUGCGCACAUCGUUACAGAACAGGGAGGGCAGUUGGAUAUCAUUAGUGAGAACGUUGAGAACGUCACUCAGGACACACGGGGUGCAAAUGUCGAGCUCCGCAGCGCCAGCCGAUAUCAGAAGAACGCAAGAAACAGAGCAUGCUGCCUCUUCGUGAUUCUCGCCGUGAUUCUCGCUAUUAUCGUGCUUGCAAUCGUGCUUGGAUAG